GCUUUGUUUGUUCCGCACACGGCAGCAGAGACGUCGCACACACCCACUUUUUUUCCGGGGACUUUCAACCGUUUACAAAAUCACCUGCUGAGCUGCUCACUAUCGCAGCCGCUCGGUCUAACAUGGCCAAGCCGAGUGAUCUGAAGAUCUUCCUGGAGUCUUCGCUGAAUGAGAUCUUUAAAGCGACAGUGAGCGACAUCCUGGACUCAGUGGACCGAACUCUGUCCGAGUACCAGGGCACCAUACAGAGGAUCGAGUCCGAAAACGAGGGCCUGAGGCGGCUGCUGCUUGAGCAGAAGAGCACAGAUCCAGCUCCGAAAGAUUUAUGUGAAGGUGCCACUGAAAAGAUUUCAGUCACAGAGUGGAACGAUGGCCCCAUCAGCUCCACCAAGGGUUUGUUCAAGAUGUCCAUAUGCAGCAGUGACAAGAAGAGUUCCAGGAGGAAGAAUAAAGGCAGCGUGAGGGAGAGUGUAUCUCCGCCUCCCUUUUUUCUGCAGAAUAAUGAGAUUGUGAACACAUCCAAAGUAGAUGUUCUCGCCAGUACCUCAAUAUCUGUAAAAGCAGAACCUGAAUUGGAUGAAAGCGGUGCCAUCGAUCUCUCCCAGCCAUCAACGCUUCUCAAUCUGACAAUGAGACCAAUAAAAAGUGAGAGCUCGGAGGUCAGCUGUGCCAGUCGUGAUAUUUACACGGGUUUGCUGCCAUCUUCAGGACGUGAAGAAGACUCUGGAGGCAGUGACAAUGAUGUUAAAGUCACAAUUGUUUCUGACAGCUACGUGCAGGACGAACAGGUCGUUAAGGCAGAGGAAGAGGAGCAGAAUGGGGCAAUGCCGUACGGUGACAGUUUCUCAAAGCAAGAACUGAACUGUGAGUUGAAAUUUUAUCCAGAAUCAGAGGUGAAUCCUGAGGGAGCAAGUAGACAGGGUGUGGAACCAGAAGUUGCGCCGCUCAAGGAGAACGAUUUACCUGCUGUUUCUGCAGAUGAGUUUUUAGAAAUUCGUGACAACUUUUUGCGCUGUCCCAUCUGUCCAAAGACAUUCAGCCGAGCAACCUCACUCAACAUCCACCUCAAGACUCACACUGGUGGGAAGGCUCACAGCUGCAGCUAUUGUGGUAAAUGCUUCAGCCGAUCUGAUCUCCUGAAAUCCCACAAGCGUACGCACACGGGAGAGAGACCCUAUAGCUGCAACAUCUGCACUAAAACAUACGCACAUCCCAGUCAGCUCAGGAUCCAUAAACGCCUCCACACUGGAGAGAAACCGUAUUCCUGCUCGCACUGCGGGAAGCGCUUCAAUGAGCACAACCAGCUCAAAGUCCACUUGCGGACGCACACCGGGGAGAGACCGUACAGCUGCCAGGAGUGUGGGAAAACAUUCAGCAACGCGGGAAACCUGCGCAUACAUGAGAGGAUCCACACAGGUGAGAAGCCGUAUUGCUGCGCUCAGUGUGGGAAAAGGUUCAACGGCUUGGGUGACCUCAAAACACAUUAUAGAAUUCACACUGGAGAAAGGCCAUACAGCUGCGAGCUCUGCAAAAAGACCUUUAGCCAGGCGGGUCACCUCACUAUACACAUGAGGAUGCACACAGGAGAAAGACCAUACAGCUGCGAUGAGUGCGGCAAGAAGUUCACGGUGGCCAGCAGCCUGAAGCUGCACCAGAGGACUCACACAGGAGAGAAGGAGUACAGCUGCUCGUACUGCAGCAAGAGCUUCAGCAGGUCUGGUCACCUGAAGAGACACGAGCUGGUCCACACCAAAGAGAAAGUCUUCCUCUGCAGUCAGUGUGGGAAGACCUACACGGACCAGAGUUCGCUUAAAAAGCACCUGAAGAUGCACGCAGCAAAGGAGCAGAAGGCUCAGAGCGAAGGGAGCAUCAGCGAGGUGGAAACAAACCCAGCACGACCCUCAGCCUCAGAGACACUUUCAGACAGAUAGAAAUUGAAACCAAAUUGUUGGAGGUGAAUGAUGUAUGUGAUUUUACAAAAUAAUCUUAAUUCAAGGUCCACUUUGGAAGUAUUAGCCAGCUGUUGGUUUAACUGUGACUGUGUUCAUCAAUUCAUCGCACUGUCAGUUGAUGUCAGUUUCACUUUCACCCAAAUUCCAAGGCCAAUAUCUCACCACUGUUUCAAUACUGAUGUAAAUCUACUCGAAUUAAAGCGGAAACAUGACACUUUAACAAGGUAUCUGUUAUUUUCUUUCAGUACCUGAAGUCACAGAGGCCUGUUUAGCGAGCACAGAGGAGACCACAUUCUACACUAUAAAGGGCUUUUGUGGUUUUAAAGCAGUUUGGAAAUCCCACCAUUUGCGAACUCCAAAAAAGCUCAAAGGUGAACCUUGAGUUAAUGUUAUUUUUUAACUGCUCUUCCUGAGAUAAGGGCGCAGUUUUUGACUGAAAACUGCUUGUGAUGUUUGUGGUACAGUGCGAUACACUGUUGUCUAGUCUUUGCUGUGAUUUAGUAAUUCCAAAUAUUUAACAAUAUGGAAUGAUUAAUUAUUUAACUUGGAUUGAAAAGCUCCAAACUGUGGCAGAAACUUGGACCCUGAAACAGCCGUUGCUCUUUUGAAACUUGCUACCAAAAUGUUGAUGGUGUUUUGCUCAAAGGUUUUAUAAGAAAAGACAAAUUGUUAGAGGUAAUUCCUGGCAGUAUGCGCUCAUACUUUGAUCAAGUGUCUUUGUUAAAGACAAAGAAUCCCAGUUUUAGGUUUAUGUUCUAAUCUUUGACCUCCCUCUGAAAAAUGUCCCACAUUUAGUAAAAAAUAUAAUCGUUUAGGAUUAAGAUGCCUCUACACACAUAUAUAAACUUAUUAUAUAACUUGAUUAAUAUAAUGCUGUAUAUAGCUUGAAGUAUACAGUUAGCUGUCUGAUCCAUUGAACUGACCAGAAUGUAUUUGUGUAAUAAUGUUAGUGACAAUAAUGCUACUGCAGCCAGUAUUGAUUGAGCAGCUUUCGUGUUGAUGCUGAUCUCAACCAGUGUGACGCUUCUAGAGAUUUUUUUUAGUUUGUUCACUGUAAUUCCUGGAAAUGUGUAGUUGACUCACACAGGAGUGAAAUUUCAUGUUUAGGAUGACAGAUAGAUUUUUGUCGCUGCUGGUUGGUAUGUAGGAAAGAUUUAGCAAUGUACGGUAUUUACUGAGUCUUUGCUACUGGAAUUUAAUUGUGACUUCUGUGUGAUUUGUGUCUAAAUUAAAGAGAUGCAUUAAUCAAAAUA